UGGGUGGUUAAUUAGGGAAGCCCACCACCACCUGCCUCCUGUGUGUGGCUUUGGUGGUGGUGGGAGCUGAGUGUGUGGGUGGCUCCGCAGUCUCCCCUUUGGUGACUAGUUAACAUCGCUGAGAACCAAUUUUGCCCCUCCUUGGUCACCGCUCAUCUUUCUAGUCUCUGUCCUUUGAAGGCCUUUUCUUGGGGCUCAGACCUCCAUGUUUGAUGAGCUCCAGUGGUGAUUUGUGCCUGGAAGCUGCCACCUGACUAAGGCCCUGGGCCUAGGGAGGCAUCAACACUAAAGGUCAAGCCAACUAAUCCUGCCUGUCAGCCACAGAGCAGCUAAAAUUAAAACCGCCAAGUGGCUUUUUUCCUUCUCUGCUGGUGACUUGCAGCCUGCCAGCAUGGUAGGCUUGGGGUGGGGGGGCAGGGACAGGAUAAAGUGCUCCACCUUGUGCUUUGCCAGCACUUUUCGAAGGGUCUUCUUUUUUUUUUUAUGUCUUGGACAGUGGGUAGUUACUGUUACGGUUCCAGAGAAAUCCAUGUGUAGUCUCCACCAGGUAGUGAGGUCCUCUCCUGGGGAGAGGUGCCUUAGAGCUGCCCUGGUUCCACCUGCCUCUCCUUCCUUCAGGGUGGCUGAGGGACAGUAGGCUACCCCCAGUGCCUGGCUGCUGGGGCCAGCAACUGUGGCCUGGGCUGCUUUCCAGCUGUGUGCUGGGGCUGGCUACUGCUGUUUACUGGGGUGUCUGGUCCCCGUCCAGGAGGCCUGUGCUUUGCUAUGGAUCUGCCGGGUUUGAGGGAGCCCUCAGAAGCAAGGCAGGCACAGUGCGUUUCCCCAGCCAAGCCCUAAACUUCGGCUCACCAAAAGGAGGACAUCUUUUUUGCCUUUGUCCUUAACUGACGGAAUGGGGGCAGGGCCUGGGGCCUGGCUACCCUGUUUGACCUUGGCUUCACCUCAUUGCUUCCCCCACAAGCUUGGUUUCCCUGGUGGGCUCAUUGGGCGGUUAAUUAGCUCUUUGAAGCUCUGGAAGUGGCAAAGUGGCGCUAUGUGGGUUUUAGAAAUAAAAUCAAUAAAUGACUUAACCACAGCCCAGCUAUCUCCUCCGCUUCUCUCCCCCGAGGCCAGCUCCAUUCUUGUGCUCCCUCUCUCUCUGCUCCCUGCCGUCAGCUUUUGUUAAGGUUUUGGAGAGGAAGUGGCUAAGGCAUCAGUCUCCAAGGUGCUGGAGGCCCUGAAAUGGAAGAGACAGCAGGAAGGCUUGGCCCUCUGAACCGUGGCAAGCAUUUGCCUCUGUGGCAGAAUCGGAGAGACAGAAAGGCCUGCCCACCUGUCUGAAGACACCUGGGGUGGGAAAGAAAGGUCGUGGGCCCCUUUCUCGAAGGGCCCCCUGUCUUGAAGACAUUCUGCUAGUUGCACCUCUUCUGUAAGGGGACACUGACUUGGCUCCUGCACCGCAGCCUGCGGGGGGUCCUGGUUCCUUUUACCACAACACAUGGCCUCCCAUCCUGGUUCAGCCUCUGACAGGCAGCUCCCCGAUCCAGCACUCUGCCUGCUCUUUCUUGUAUCCAACCCUGCAAAAGGCAGGAACAAGGGACAGAAGACCCGUGUGCAAGGCCUGGAGGAAGUGGGUCAGCACAGGCCUGUGAACAAGCCAGGCCAGUCUUGGCGGCCCAAGUGGAGCUCACCUCUCCCUCCCCUCCGCUCUCCUUCCUUUACCCUCAAAAUAGCUCCCUGAGCUGCCAGGCCAAGACCCUCCCAUUGCAGGGGAGGCGGGGCGUGCUGCCCAGAGCCAGGCUUUAAAUCCCCUCGAGGCUGGGGAGCUCUACUCCCUGGCUGGAGGCAGUGCUGAGGCUGCCGUCCCCUCCACCAUCAGUCCAAUCCGGCCCGCCCUCCUGCAGCCAUGUCCCGGCCCCUGUCAGACCACGAGAAAAGAAAGCAAAUCAGUGUGCGUGGCCUGGCCGGCGUGGAGAAUGUGACUGAGCUGAAAAAGAACUUCAACCGGCACCUGCAUUUCACACUCGUAAAGGACCGCAAUGUGGCCACCCCACGAGACUACUACUUUGCGCUGGCCCAUACCGUGCGCGACCACCUCGUGGGGCGCUGGAUCCGCACGCAGCAACACUACUACGAGAAGGACCCCAAGAGGAUCUACUACCUGUCUUUGGAAUUCUACAUGGGACGGACGCUACAGAACACCAUGGUGAACCUGGCCUUAGAGAAUGCCUGUGACGAGGCCACCUACCAGCUGGGCCUGGACAUGGAGGAGCUGGAGGAAAUUGAGGAGGAUGCGGGGCUGGGCAAUGGGGGCCUGGGCCGGCUGGCAGCCUGCUUUCUUGACUCCAUGGCAACACUGGGCCUGGCCGCCUAUGGCUACGGGAUUCGCUAUGAGUUUGGGAUUUUUAACCAGAAGAUCACCGGGGGCUGGCAGAUGGAGGAGGCUGAUGACUGGCUUCGCUAUGGCAACCCCUGGGAGAAGGCCCGUCCCGAGUUCACACUACCUGUGCACUUCUACGGCCAUGUGGAGCACACCAGCCAGGGUGCCAAGUGGGUGGACACACAGGUGGUACUGGCCAUGCCCUACGAUACGCCCGUGCCCGGCUAUCGCAACAACGUCGUCAACACCAUGCGCCUCUGGUCUGCCAAGGCUCCCAAUGACUUCAACCUCAAGGACUUCAACGUCGGUGGCUACAUCCAGGCUGUGUUGGACCGAAACCUGGCAGAGAACAUCUCUCGUGUCCUGUACCCCAAUGAUAAUUUCUUCGAAGGGAAGGAGCUGCGGCUGAAGCAGGAGUAUUUCGUGGUGGCCGCCACCCUCCAGGACAUCAUCCGUCGUUUCAAGUCCUCCAAGUUCGGCUGCCGGGAUCCCGUGCGCACGAACUUCGAUGCCUUCCCAGAUAAGGUGGCCAUCCAGCUCAAUGACACCCACCCCUCCCUGGCCAUCCCCGAGCUGAUGAGGAUCCUGGUGGACCUGGAGCAGAUGGACUGGGAUAAGGCAUGGGAUGUGACAGUGAGGACCUGUGCCUACACCAACCACACGGUGCUGCCCGAGGCCCUGGAGCGCUGGCCAGUGCACCUCUUGGAGACGCUGCUGCCGCGGCACCUCCAGAUCAUCUACGAGAUCAACCAGCGCUUCCUCAACCGGGUGGCAGCCACAUUCCCAGGGGAUGUAGACAGGCUGCGGCGCAUGUCGCUGGUGGAGGAAGGCGCAGUGAAGCGCAUCAACAUGGCACACCUGUGCAUCGCGGGUUCGCACGCUGUCAACGGCGUGGCGCGCAUCCACUCCGAGAUCCUCAAGAAGACCAUCUUCAAAGACUUCUAUGAGCUGGAGCCUCAUAAGUUCCAGAAUAAGACCAACGGCAUCACCCCUCGGCGCUGGCUGGUUCUGUGUAACCCCGGGCUGGCAGAGGUCAUUGCUGAGCGCAUCGGGGAGGACUUCAUCUCCGACCUGGACCAGCUGCGCAAAUUGCUCUCCUUUGUGGAUGAUGAAGCUUUCAUUCGGGAUGUGGCCAAAGUGAAGCAGGAAAACAAGUUAAAGUUUGCUGCCUACCUAGAGAGGGAAUACAAAGUCCACAUCAACCCCAACUCACUCUUCGACAUCCAGGUGAAGCGGAUUCACGAAUAUAAACGACAGCUCCUCAACUGCCUCCAUGUCAUCACCCUGUAUAAUCGCAUCAAGAGGGAGCCCAAUAAGUUUUUUGUGCCUCGGACUGUGAUGAUUGGAGGGAAGGCUGCACCUGGGUACCACAUGGCCAAGAUGAUCAUCAGACUCAUCACAGCCAUUGGGGAUGUGGUCAACCAUGACCCGACAGUGGGUGACCGCCUCCGUGUCAUCUUCCUGGAGAACUACCGAGUCUCACUGGCCGAGAAAGUGAUCCCAGCUGCAGACCUCUCUGAGCAGAUCUCCACUGCGGGCACUGAGGCCUCAGGCACCGGCAACAUGAAGUUCAUGCUUAACGGGGCUCUGACCAUUGGCACCAUGGACGGGGCCAAUGUGGAGAUGGCAGAAGAGGCUGGAGAGGAAAACUUCUUCAUCUUUGGCAUGCGGGUGGAGGAUGUGGAUAAGCUUGACCAAAGAGGGUACAAUGCCCAGGAGUACUAUGACCGCAUUCCUGAGCUUCGGCAGGUCAUUGAGCAGCUGAGCAGUGGCUUCUUCUCCCCCAAACAGCCCGACCUGUUCAAGGACAUUGUCAAUAUGCUUAUGCACCAUGACCGGUUUAAAGUCUUCGCAGAUUAUGAAGACUACAUUAAAUGCCAGGAGAAAGUCAGUGCCUUGUACAAGAACCCAAGAGAGUGGACGCGGAUGGUGAUCCGGAACAUAGCCACCUCUGGCAAGUUCUCCAGUGACCGCACCAUUGCCCAGUAUGCCCGGGAGAUCUGGGGUGUGGAGCCUUCCCGCCAGCGCCUGCCAGCCCCAGAUGAGGCCAUCUGAGCCUCCAGUCCAGACCCCAAACCAGCCCUUGAGCCUGUCAGAAUCCCCUGGGCCAGCCCCAGCGCCUCAUGGAGAGGGUGGGGUACUGGAGUUAGAUCUCUAAGCCCCCUCCUGGAAGUCUCAUUUUCCCCACUCUCAAUGUCCCAGUGUCCAGCGUGACUAAGGACACGGGCCCCCUUCCAUCCUCGGGCUCCCGGUCCCCUCCUAUUUAUGGGGUCUGACCAACUGCACCCACUCCCCAAUAAACUGAUUCUCCUUGGGAGCGUCCUUA